AGUAGAACUCACAAUCAAGCCAUCAGUAAUUUGAAGUCGAUGCCGAAUACAAUGGGCUAACCCCACCAACUCCACCAAUCACCAUCGUAGAUUUUCCCAACCUCUCCCUAUAAACAUUUUGCAAAUCGGGUUCUUCGCUUCUUGUAAUACAGCCAUGACUGACAAGAGAAAACAUCCGGAGGUGGGCACAAGUCCGACGACGCCUUUGGAGUUCAAAGUUCUGUCAUCUACAGGCAUAAUAAAGUGUGAUAUGGGUCAGGGUCGGAUCGGACUUGGUAUACUUGCCGCCCUUGAAAAUAUUCCGGCCAAGAAGUCCAAUUUCAGAUGCCGGAACCCAAUGGGAAAUGAAGCGGGUAGUUUGGAAGAAGAGAAUACAAUAGUUACUCAUCAUAAACCAGACAAAUCGUAUACAAAAGCUCACAUUGAAAUCAGAGAACAACCCUCCAUUUUUGACAUAUCACCUGCAAGGUUUGGUGACGAUGGUAUGAAGAUGCGUACGCCUUCUGAAUUUCUGAGUUCAUGUCAUCUAUGCAACAAAAGACUCAACGACAGAGACAUAUACAUGUACAGGGGAGAGAAAGCUUUUUGUAGCCCAGAAUGUAGGAGCAGACAGAUAGGGAUGGAUGAAAGACGAGAGAAACACUGUAGCUCACAUGCAUCUUCGACUCCUUCAAAUGCCACAAGCCCUCCUCACGUGUUGUUUUCUACCGGAAUUUUUGCAAUUUAGUCAACAUACGAAUCAUAUUUUCCAAAUAUAUGUAAAAAUUUGGAACAUCACCAUGUUGAAGAUUUCUGAAAACUAAAUCUAAUUCCAUUGUUUAGAUAAGAAAACCCACAAAACUAAUGUUACAUGUAUCCAUCCAUAUACAUCCUCAA